AUGGCCAAACAGCGUGUUAGAAGUCGGGACCAGAAAUAUAGGUCUCCAAAAUCACAGAGGCCAAGUCCAAAAAAAGGCGUUCUUAAGAAAACUAUCAAGAAGAACAAUUUUCCAACAAAAUCAAGAAAGAAUGAAGGACGAAGAGUACAGGAUGCUCGUCAAAAGCUUCUUGGAAAGAAACGAAAACCAGUCGUUGAUGCUAGAGACAUAUUAAAGACAAAAUCAAGAGUUCAAGAUGCUCGCACAAAAAUUAACAGAAUACGUGAUGAUCGAAGCACUGCACCUUCCAGCAGCGGAAGCGUAAAAGUAAUUGGUAAUAGCAUUUUAAAGAAAACAGAUCGUAAUGGAAGAAUCAGCUUAACAACUAAUAAAUCUAAGCAAAGGCAUGAUAUGAAUUUUGCUAUUCAAAAGCAGCUUGGACUGAUACCACCUACCAGGUCUCCAAUUAAGAGAGCAACUACAAAGAGGAAUGCUGCAGUGAAUACAAGUAGUGCAAGUAGAUCCCCACCUAGGCAACACAAAUCUAUUAUGAGAGAACCUGACUAUGAGCCAAGGGAACCAGUAAGGUUAUAUGAUCCAGCCCUUUACAAAUGGACAAAACCAGAAUUAAGAAAUACAGCUUCUGAGAUGAUAAAUUCUCUAGAGGUAACAAGGCAAGCCAUGAGGGAAGCUUUAAGAGAAGAACUGAUUUAUGGGUGGCCAACAUAUGCAUCUCAUAAUGCUUAUCGAAAACUGACUGGAAUAUAUGAAAAAGGACCUCUCCGCUCUUACGACGCAACUUUAAGAACAUCUCGUCUUCAGCCUAGUACAUAUAUAGAUUUAGAUGCCGUGGACGACGAGGAAAUGCCAAUGGCUCCUCCUCCCAGACCUAACACCGUAUCCUUGCAAGGAACUUCCCGCAUUACUAACGUACAUUCACGACUGGACGACUCAGUUCCCAGUGAAUCUCACGGCAUUUUCUCUGCGAACAAAACGAAAGUUGUUGUGCCCGCCGGACAUAGGAUCGUAGUCUCAAAUUUACAGCAGACAGUCACACAGGACGACAUAAAGGAACUAUUUGAAGACAUCGGCCAACUACUGACAGCCAAACUAGUACGUCCCGGAGUGGCGGAAGUCGUGUACAAGAAUUUGAAGGACGCUCAAAAGGCCGUCGAUACAUACCACAAUCGACAACUGGAUGGACAACCCAUGAAAUGUCUGUUGGUGAACAAGAGACCACUCAAUUACCCCACAGCUGCUCCCAUCUCGAAAUCUGAAUCGAUGACGGCAUCAAGGAAAAUAUCCGAAAUAGCACCGUGCCCGCCUGAAAAUAAGUUAGUGCCCGAUAUUACUACAAUACAUAAAGUACUUUUUCAUCGGAAAUAG